CAGACACAGACGUGCUUUCAUACAUCGGCUAGAGAAGGUGCUUCUUAGGUCUUUUCUCACCUGCAGAAAUUUACACUUUUCUUGAUUUGGAACAAUUUUUAAACAACUGUUCACUGACUGGUUUGACAGAUGAAGGUCAGUCAGACUCUGACUGAGAACAUGCUGACAGUCAACAUGUUACUGAGUGUCUUCCUUCUUCCAGGUGCUUUGGCUGAUUACUGUGGUGAUGUAACACCAGCCCUCAGGAUCACUACACCGAAUAACAUCGAAGCUCUGUCUGGAUCUUGUUUGCAAAUCCCAUGUACCUAUGACCCAAAACAUAAUGAAUAUGACAGCAGUAAAACUAUCUAUGGAGUUUGGAUGAAAGGUGGUGUAAAUUUUGGGUCCAAUUCAAGCAUUGUUAUUUUCAACAGCAGUGGGCCAGUUAACACCUAUUCACUGAAUAUUACUGGAAACCUGAAAGAGAAAAACUGCACCACUCUGUUUCCUAAUCUAACAACGAGUCACACAGACAAAUACUUCUUCAGAGUUGAGAACGGUGUCUACAAGGCAUCAGCUUGUGCUGAUCCUCUUCAAAUAACAGUAAGAGAUUAUCCUCGGAGUCCCAGCAUUAAUAUCUCUGGUGGUGACCUGAAGGAGCAUCAGUCUGUCACUGUAACCUGCUCAGCUUUCACUCCCUGUCCACACUCACCUCCUGAACUCACCUGGAAUCUCCAACAAGACUCUCUCAGACAAACAGAGGAAAACACAAAUGGAACCUUUACAACUAAAAUCCAGGAGAACAUCACUCUGUCAGACACACAUGAUGGAUACAACAUCAGUUGUUCUGCCAGAUAUCCUGUGAUUGGAGGAAACAAGACAUCAGAGACAGAAGUGACUCUCAAUGUUUCCUAUGCUCCUAGAAACACCUCAGCAUCCAUCAAUCCAUCAGGUUUGGUGUCAGCAGGUAGCUGGGUGGAGCUGAGCUGCUCCAGCAGAGCCAAACCUCCACCCAGCUUCACCUGGUUCUGGAAUGGCACAAAAGUGUCUGAAAAACAAAAUUACAGCUUCAUUGUCACUAAGGAAGGAGAGUUUUACUGUGUGGCCAAAAAUGAUUUAGGAAAUGAAACGUCAUCAAGGAUCUGUGUCAGUAUUAAAGAUUCUCCAUGGAGUCCCAGCAUUAAUGUUCCCUCUGAUCUGAAGGAGCAUCAGUCUGUCACUGUAACCUGCUCAGCUUUCACUCCCUGUCCACAAUCACCUCCUGAACUCACCUGGAAUCUCCAACAAGAUUCUCUCAGACAAACAGAGAAAAACACAGAUGGAACCUUUACAACUAAAAUCCAGGAGAACAUCACUCUGUCAGACACACAUGAUGGAUACAACAUCAGAUGUUCUGCCAGAUAUCCUGUGAUUGGAGGAAACAAGACAGCAGAGACAGAAGUGACUCUCAGUGUUUCCUAUGCUCCUAAAAACACCUCAGCGUCCAUCAGUCCAUCAGGUUUGGUGUCAGCAGGUAGCUGGGUGGAGCUGAGCUGCUCCAGCAGAGCCAAACCUCCACCCAGAUUCACCUGGUUCAGGAACAGUGAACAUGGAGCCAUGAAUGUAUCUGUGGGGAAAGUUUACAGCUUCAAUGCCUCUGAGGGAGGAGAGUAUUACUGUGUGGCUACAAAUGAUCUGGGUCAACAAAAAUCAUCUGUGAUCCAUGUCAAUAUUAAUGAAGCCAACAGACACUUUGAUACAAUGGGAAUCGCAGUGGGAAUAUCAGUGACCGUCGUCCUUCUCGUUUGCCUCGGUGUGUCAUUUUGGUGUUUUCAGUCCAAACAUUCAAAUCUACAAAAGAGUCAGAGUCAAACAGGCAUUGAGGCUGAUGCUCCGAUGUCAGAGGUCAACCAAACAGAAGGGGAAGUUAAUUAUGGAGAAAUUAACUUCAUCAAAAAGACACCUGAAACUUCCUUACCGCCCGUCCAGAACAGUGAUCAGCAGGAGAUGGUGUACGCUCAGGUCAAAGUGUCAACGGCGGAAAACUCCUCGACACAGACCGCUGAGAGUCCAGAGAGUCUCUACGCUCAAGUGAAGAAAAAAUAAUGUUUCCUUGUUAAAUAUGAAACACUGAGUUUUAGUUUUGUUUACACAAUCAAUUAGUUAGUUCAUGUCAGACCUUAAGAGAAUCUGCUUCUGUCAAUCUGUGUAUCCUUUUUGUCAUUUUUAACUAAAUGCUUUUCAAUCAUUCAAGAUGAAUGAAUGAAUGAAUGAAUGAAUUAUGUGAUGCAUUCCACCAGGAUCAUAUGCUUACAUACUGUAUUCCUCAGUGUGAAUACAUUUUAUUACAUCUUUAUAAAUUAAUGCAACAGGAAAUACUCAUUAUAUGUAGUUGUAAAAAUAAAUACUCACACCUGCACAAAUUCGUCACAUUUUUUUAGGGAACAUGUCUGAAAAAGGGAUGAAGAAGUAGAAAUUGUUUAAUCACAGUCCUUCAUCAUUCAGUGGUUGUGAACAUAAAUAAUCUUCUCAUUUCCUCUGCAGCUACACAUAACCGUACGCCCACUCUAUCAGUCAAAGACCUCUGAAUAUUAUGAGCUAUUGAAUUUAGCUUCAUACAUCAGCUGCGAUAUUUGAAAUUCUAUCUAAUCUGGCAGUGUGCGAAGACAGGAAAUUAUAAAUAAACUAUUAGUUUGGUCAUAAAAACCUACCAUGUGAACCAUUCUGAUGGCUAUUUUUUGAUACAAGGGUAUUGGUCAAAGCGUUGCCCCAAACUUCAACACAGUAACUUAAAUAUGGAAAAAUUAAGAGCAUACAAA